GAUUCUCGAAAAGGUUUUAGUGUGAAAAAGUAUUAUUUUGAAUAUGACAACUAUUGAAGCUCCUUCAGCUGUGGCGAUGGAAAAGCUUGAGGGGUUUUCCAAGGAACUAAAUAACAUAGAAGAUGAACGCGAGAAAAAAGCUGAGGAGAUACGUCUCAGCUAUCGACUAAAAAUGGAGCCACUCCUUGAAAAGCGACACCAGACAUUGUCAACCCUUGAAGGCUUCUGGUCUGGAGUUUUCUCGUCUCCAGAAACCGCAUUAAACACGCUCAUCAACAGUACCAUCGACCCUAAGAUUAUUCGUACAAUUAUUGAUUUUAAAGUAGUGUCUACUGUAAAAGAAAACAAAUUAAUAAGGAAAGUUUGUUUGGUCUUGCGCGGAAGCAUAUUUGCUGAAGGCGGGACGAUUAGUCAUGAAAUUGACACGGAUAUGAACACUGUUUCUAUUCAGCCUAUUCACUGGAAAGAGGGCACCGACCGAGCUCGUAAAGAUUCCCUUUUCCGUUUCUUUGAAGAAAAUUCCACCGCGGAUAGUAUCUUCCACUCAGAUGCACUGGAAGCGUUUGAUAAUGUUUUCCAAAAUCCCUUUCUUGCGGUUGAAGCCGAUUAAUGCGUUCUCAUUGAAAACGCUACAGCGCAAGGCAUUAUACAUAAAUAAUACUUAAACAUUCAUUCAACAAAG